GAAUCGAGCUCGGACAUCGACGGUCCCUUUCCGGCUACCGUUGCUGUUGAAUCAUGGCCGUCCUGCAGUGACAUGACCGACCAUAUGGGACUUCUGAAAGAAAGAUUUCGCUGUCUCUGCCGAUACUUCAAUGCGGAGUAGCUCAACAUUUGGGAAGCUAGGACUCAAAGAGUAGUUGGACGCAUCCUAAUACUGAUAUGGGGUCGCUGUUGUGAAUUGGGCAGCGCUUUUUUGUUCGUUUGUUUGUUUUUUUACUAAAUAAGUACUUUCUUAUGAGAAGCCACCAUUUUUCACAUAGAAAAAUGCACCGUUCAGCGUCCAACAUCGGACCCCUGCACUCGGAGGAAUGUUCUGGCAGUCGCAGUAACCUUUUGGUCCACCGCAACAUGAGACCCAUCCGGAGACAAGAGGCUGAGAGUAGUGUUAGCUUGCUAAGUUUGGCAAGUGACGAGGACGAUGAAGUCCAGUUUGACACUUCCGACACAGAUGAUAACCACGAGGUUUUGAUGGCUGGUAGACGUUACCUGUCCAUCCAGGAGUUUGCCUCAGCAAUCCCCAACCACCUUCUCCUUGGGUCUCUACUGGAACACCUGUGCUUCGUCUACGAGAGCAAUCCAGCACGUUCGCGUAUGCUGUUCAAAGUCAUUGGCCAGCGUUUGGCCGCCAUGAACCUCCUCUCACCUUUGGCCAUAAGCGAUGAGUUCAGCACUGUCAGACUCCAGCACAACCGGGCCUUCACUGAGCUGCUUCAUGCUGCCAGCUCCUCAGUGUAUCCACAGGGGCAACAGUGUCUCAGCACAAACACGCACAAUCCUGCAGUCAGACCUAAGGAGGGACUGUUUCAAGCACAGACGUCCCGGUAUCUUAGUGAAUUUGAAGAAAUAUGUAGACUUGGAAAAGGAUCAUAUGGAAAUGUUUGUAAGGUUAUGAACAAACUCGAUGGGCAGCAUUACGCUGUGAAGAAAAUUCUCAUCAAAAAAGUCUCAAAGGAUGACUGCAUGAAGGUCCUCAGGGAAGUCAAAGUGUUAUCUAGCCUGCAGCAUGUAAAUGUUGUGGGCUAUCACACUGCUUGGAUGGAACAUGUACAGCCGGCAGCACAGCCUGAGUCUCUCCUGCCUGCGCUGGGGUCACCUGAACAACAAGACAGUUCUGAUGAGAGCCCUGACAACAGCAGCACCAGUGCCUCCAUAGUUUUUCAAAGCCUCAGUCAAGCAUCGACAGAGGCUGCCCCGAGUGCCAAAGUACCCCCAGGAGAGACCCAGCCCAUCAAAGCUUUAGUAACAACGCAAGAGCAGGGCCAGGUGGUGUGUCCCAAGACUAUGCGCCGCAUCCCAACGAACUAUGUCCCCUGUGUGUUCCUGGGACAGCAAGAUCCCAUGAAGAGCUCCAAAUGCCCUGCCAGUUCAGCACUGUUAGAGGAGGAGUCCAGCAGGAGUAGCAUCGAACUGAACAACAACUCCUGCGUCAGCAAGGAAUGUCAGCAGUGGGCUGAUGUUCGCACAACAAAGCAUUCUAAAGAGGUACAGUUCCACCUGAUGCUCUACAUUCAGAUGCAGCUGUGUGAGCGCUCACUGAAGGACUGGAUUACUGAGAGGAACACCAAGCCCAGAGAAGAACACACCUCAAGAUGUCCGUAUGGAUGCGUUGAUGAUGAGCACACACUCAGCCUGCUUAGAAGGAUACUUGAAGGAGUGGAGUACAUUCACUCCAGGGGAAUCAUGCACAGAGACUUGAAGCCCAGGAACAUUUUCCUCCACGAUCAUGACUGCCAUGUUCGGAUUGGGGACUUUGGUUUGGCCUGCGGAAAUAUAAUAAUGGAUGGCCAUAAAAGCACCGGCUCCCCCAGCAGUGAUUCCUCACAUACCACAGGUGUGGGUACAUUUGUAUAUGCUGCACCAGAGCAACUGAAGGGCUCCCAUUAUGAUUCGAAGUCAGACAUGUACAGCAUUGGGGUGCUGGCUCUCGAGCUAUUCCAGCCCUUUGGGACAGAGAUGGAGCGGGUCCGGACACUUGGGGACCUGAGGGAGGGGAAAAUCCCAGACUCGUUCUGCCAGAGAUGGCCAGUCCUGACUAAGUACAUCAUGAAGCUGACGAGUAAAGAGCCAGGUGUUCGGCCCACUGCCAGCCAGCUUCUACAGAGUGAACUCUUCUGCAGUAAAGAUAUAGUUAUCCAUGGCUUGCAGAGGAGGGUUGAAGAGCAGGAGGAAGAGAUCAUGCAGCUGAGGAGACAGAUCAGUCAGCUUCAGAGCUCACAGGUCACAGUUCCUUUCUCUGAGUCAGAGAAGACCUGAGUCAUUAACACCUCCACUCCUCACAGACUGUCAAAAUUUGAUUUAUUCUAUCACUGCUGUACUAUGUUCUACUUGCCUGGUGUGAGUGAGUGAGUGAGUGAGUGUGCACGUGUGGGCAUACAUAUGUAAGCAUUUGAGUGUGUCUUGUACACCUGGAUGUAAGGGUUGCAAUUAUUUAUCUUCAUUCAGCUGUUCAAUAAAACCCAUUU